AGUGACUAUUUAAUCGAGACUCAAGUCUCUUUUCAAAAUCAAUAUUAUGCUUCCAAUCUUAUAUCUACCACUUCUGUUCCCUUUGCAAGUGGCAGCACUUAUGGACGGUUUGAGUUCCACGCCACCCAUGGGAUGGAACACUUGGAACAAAUACGGAUGUAAUAUCGAAGCAAGGCUUAUUCGUGAAACUGCCGAUAUAAUGGUCAGCAAAGGCUUCCUCGACGCAGGUUAUCGAUACUUGAAUCUUGAUGACUGCUGGCAGUCGAACGAUAGGGACUACGAUGGUAAUAUUAUUGUCGACAGAUAUGCUUUCCCUGAAGGCAUAAAAGCUGUAGCAGAUUACGUCCACAGCAAAGGAUUGUAUUUUGGAAUUUACUCUAGUGCUGGAUACCAGACGUGCGCAGGACGCAUGGCGUCUUUGGGACACGAAGAAUCCGAUGCGAUUAACUAUGCCAAUUGGUCCGUUGACUAUCUAAAGUACGAUAAUUGCAACUUUCGGGACGGUAUAUCCGGAAAAGAGCGGUAUAAGCGCAUGGGAGAUGCUUUGAAAGCGACUGGUCGAAACAUUACCUUUUCAAUUUGCAAUUGGGGCUCAGAAAAUCCUUGGGAAUGGGCUGAUGAAAUUGGCCAUGCAUUUCGAACGCACGACGACAUUAUUGCUAGUUGGGAAUCAGUGUUAGAGAUAUUGGAUGUUCACGCACAAGUAGUGCAAUAUGGAGGUCCAGGUCAUUGGGCAGACCCAGGUAUGCUUGAGGUUGGAAACGGUGCUCUAAAUAUAGAGGAGUCUCGAACUCACUUCAGCUUGUGGGCAGCCAUGAAGGCGCCUUUGAUUCUUGGUAAUGACCUCACUCAUAUGUCAGAUAUGAUCUAUGACAUUUUGACCAACAGAAAGGUCAUUAGUGUGAACCAAGAUUCUCUUGGUGUUCCAGCUCGAAGAGUAGUACACGUCGCUGGUAACCUUGAUAUAUGGACCGGUCCUCUCAGCGGUGGGUCAGUCGUCGUCGUCAUAGUGAACUAUGGUGAAAGUGAGCGGCAAAUCCCGUUUACAGAUGCCAUUGUUGACUACUAUGGUGAAAAAAUUCAAGUUGAAGACUUGUGGACGGGUAAAACAUCUCAAAUGAAAGAAGGAAUGAUGUUGUCCAGUCCGAUCCCACCGCACGGAUGCACGAUGCUGAAGUUGACAAAUGGUACCUCCAUACCAUAUUCUGAUAGUCUAACAAGCAAUGCCAGCAAAAACCAUUACCCGCCUGAAAUUAUGCAAAAUGAUAUCGAUACUAGCAAGUUAGAGGACGUGGAGCAAACUUUAUACGAGGCGGAGGCCCUUGUCAAUGUCGUAUCCGGCCUUACCCUACGAUAUAUGGACUGCUUAUCUUGGUCCCUAUGUGGCGACUAUUGGACUCGAAGAUGGGGCUUACGGCUGCGUAUUAACGAUGGAGAGGAGACAUAUGUUUAUCUGCGCAAGAUAGGUGAUCUUAAGGCUGUCAAAGAAUUCUCUAUGGGACUAUAUUUGGAUCGAGACAUAAAUUCCAUCACCUUGGAUAACCCAGAAGCGAAUGGUCCUAGCAUGGACAGCAUUAUCUUGAAGAAACAUCCUAAUUCAAAUUUCAACACAUCAAAAGGGGCGGUAUGGACCACUGGUUUUUCUAGUGAAGAUCCACUUGCUGGCGAUCAUUGGAUCCUCUAUACAUUGAGAUGUAUCGUCGAUUACAUGCUGGAUGCUGCCAUAUUCGCUUGCGGAAUAUCAACCUUUGGCUUCGUUAUUUAUCUUCUGUAUGGCUAUUUCAGCAGAUUAUAUAGACAUGUGUAUCAGCCGGUAGGUGAUACAGAUAUAGGCGAAUACACUCUGCAAAACGUUUCAGAGACGAAUACCAGUAUAGCAUAAUUUUCCUUAUACCAUACACCAUCAUACCAGUCAAUUGCAUUGUACGUAUUAAAGCAUAGUUGUAUCAACAUAAAUAGUUUGACAUAUAAUUUAUUUGAAUGAAAAAAAUCCAAUCAGAUUAGUCAGAUCAUUGUAAAGUUUCCACACCCCCAAGUUAACAGAUACCUGCAAGGUACAAUCAUGUUGUUGAUGAGGUGUCUUGCGGGGUGGUCUGAGGAACUUUGGCCACUAUCACAGUGCAAUCGCAAUGAUUUACGCAGUAUUGGCUGACACUCCCUAUCAGAGUCCUGUACGAAGAGUGUUUCUUGUUAAA